AUGCCGACCACUGUGGAGGAUGUCACUGCAAAGGCUGAGAUGGUUGCUAUGAAGUCAACUGUAGUCGACCAUAAGGACAAUGAGGCAGAACCCAAGGUUGACCACAACAGGGAUAGUUCUGUGGAAAAGGAAGUACAAGAGAACAAGAAAGACGAGGCUAAGGAGGAUGAAGUGCCAGUGCCUGAUGAAAUUGAAGCCAAAACUGGGAUUUCUUUUCCAGGUAAGUUGGAUAAUGGGAAGCUGCUGAAAGCUGUUGGUUUGAGAAAGAAGAGCAUGCUUGGCAUGGGCAUCAAAAUUUAUGCCUUUGGGAUAUAUGCAGACAAUGAGAUUUUGAGAGAACUUGUAACAACUGAAGUUGGGAAAGCACCGUCGAAACCAACAAAGGAAAUGUAUCAAAUGGUGGUUGACAGUGAUGUGGGAAUGAUGGUACGACUGGUUAUUGUUUACAAUGGCCUCACCGUGAACAUGGUAAGGAAGAACUUCGAUGAAGGCCUUGGAGCAGCCAUCAAAAAGCUCACUGGUGGGAGAAAUGAGGAACUCACCAAAAAGUAA